AUGGUCAGCAGGCUGACUGGGUUGCUCGUAAUUUUGGUUGGUUGGCGGGCGGUUUACGUUUCAAGUUUGGAUGCAAUUUGUGAGCGAAUUGAUUUCAACGAUAUCUCGCAGAAUAAAGUGCGAAAGUGUUCGGGAACGGAUCACGAGAUUUUUCGACUGAAAGCGUACGCUAACUCUAUUAAUUUUCAACCAUACCGCGAGGACACGCAUUACUUUCUUAGCAAUGAAGUCUUGGGCGUGAGCUGCUGUGAAACGGAAGAAAACUUUUACAUGCAUGAAUAUACGGAAAUACGAUUGAUAUAUCAGUUGGUAUUUCAGUCCACGUGUACAUUGACGCUCCGGAUAUUGGAUAUGGACGAAUUGGAAGACGGUGAACCUACUGUAGUGCAACGCUGGAGCUCACAGCAAACAACCAACACGUGGAGUUUAUUCGUGGGGACAGUAGAACGGGAAAUUCGUCGAGCAAAGUUGCAAAUCGAAGUGCAGAUGACCAGCGGGGCCGAUGUAGCGAUUGAGUACGUUACAGUGUUCAACUCAUUGGUUCAGGAAGAAUUCUGCAAAGAGCUAGAUGAGUUCUAUAGCACUCCCUCAGCAUCUACAACUACUGCAGUUGUGACGACUACAGCAUCUACAACAACUACGGCGAGACCUACCACGGUUACCAGUACCACGGCAAGUACAACAACUUCCACCACGCCAGAACCAACGACAACUACGACAAUCCCCACUACAACGACAACAACCCGAUCCACAACUAUUACCACAACUACUUUGCAACCUGCUACUACUACAACCAUUCGUUCCACUACAAUCAGUAGUAGUUCAUCACCAACAACAACGACCACAGAACUAUCUACACCAACUACAGCAUCAACAACUACUGAAACAGCAACUACAACGCAAUCAACACACCAUGAAAGCAGUUCAUCGACGGAGUCUUCACCUUCGACCUCCGAAGAAGAUACCGAAGAUCCCACAGCAUCCAUACCAACCCCUCUUCCGAUUAAACAACCUCGAUCGGAUGCAAUUUGGAUAAUCCUAACCGGUGUCUUCAUCACCCUAUUUCUGCUAACGGUGGCGUCCGGAAUUUACAUCUACUCUAACGGUCGGCAAAUCAGUCGCACAAUUAUCCGUGAAUUUGGCUCCAAAACCACCAAUCAUCACGCCAACAAUCAUCAUCCGACCCCUUUGGAUCAAACCAUUCACCGGAAGCUGCAGCAACAGCUAAAGAACCGCCUGCGGCAGCAGCACAGCUUCGAAGCGGAGGACACUACCAGCAACAACAGUAGCCGCCGGAGCAUGUCCGGACCCAGUAAAUAUCCCAAAGGUAGCAACGUAAACUUGAACCGAGCGCACCCGGAACAGGGUGCCUUCCGCGACGAUAUAAGUGAGCUGAAAUACCACAACCGGAUGAACAAGUUGUGAAUGAGGUGUUUUGCGUAGGUGUAGAACUCUGAUGGCAGAGAACAAGGCGUUAUCAGUUACGCACAAUUCGGGAAGUAUGAUAAGAAUGUGCGGUUCGUGCAAAUAGUUGGGGCAGUUCCAUUCCAAACAUUCGAUAUGUUGUGCUGCAUGCAAUAGCAGGAAUGAGAUGUUAAAGAGUGAUAAACUUGUUUCAUUUACUGCCAGAACAGAUAAGAGAAAGCUUCUCAUAACGGUCAAGGCUUCUGAAGUGUUCCAUUGCGAUGUAUACCCAAAAUUAUAUGUUUUAAUUUGUUGAGGUGGAAUUCAAUUAGGGUGGAUGUAUCAAUUUUCGCGCUAGUGCAUUAUACAAGCGAUUUUGAAGGUAAUUACAAAUUUCAUUGUUGUUUCCACUAUUUUUCUAAGGAGCAGGAAGGGAAACCUUUCGUUUGACAUACUAACACCGUUCAUAUGCCUUUUUUUAACUAGUUGUUCUUAAGUGUAGCGGCGAUUGGUUCAUCCACCCUAGAUGUAUAUAAACAAAUUAAAUUCAGGUCGAGUACUUUAGAAAAAAAACUGAAGACUGCUACAAUUUCUUUAUAAUUUUCUAGUUAGCUGUUUCUCAAUAUGCACCUAAUCGAUGCGUAACAUAAAGUUUUAGGAAAAGUAGUUUGAAACCUAUUACGGGAAUUGGAUUUCGUACGGAAAUGGCGUUACUGAUUAAUAGUGGAGUCCCUUGCAUGUCAGGUAUUAUCGAAUAAGAAGCUCUACAUCUCCCUUUUUUAUUUAUUUGUUUGAAUACGUUUGUUAGGCUCAAGCGUGUAUGACGCUUUACGGAGCCGCAAUUCAAGAUUGCAUACUGAAUCAUCCUAAUAUUAAUAAUUAGUAGCAUGUAAACUAACGUGUUUGUGGUUGAACAAAGUUCAUAUUAAUCUGAAGAGCAUUGGGCUUAAGGUUUUUUCUUUUCAGUUGACCUUCCAGUCCAUUUACGUCAUGAACGAGUUGUGGUACGGCAGGGUGCACCUUCCAGAGGG